AUGGACGUGCGGCUGGAUAUCGAGAACAACAAAUCGACUUUCUCGAGUGGGGAGAUCAUAUCAGGAAGUAUCAAGAUCUUCUGCUCGCAGACAACAACAGUUUCGGAACUCACAGCAACACUGAUUGGCGAGAGCACCUCGUCCCUGACCGGCGCUCCAGGCCUGUUGUUCUCACGGCGGGAAGAAGAGAAACAUACAAUGAUACGAGAAGUGCACAAAAUAUUUCCCUCCUAUCUCGUGUCCAAGCCUCGGAAGUCGCGGCCUCUCCGACUCGAAGUCGGCUGCCACAGCUUCGAUUUCCGCCUGCGGGUCCCGCGGGCGCCGGACUGCUCUACAUGUCCGCCAGAUACUCCAUCUGGAGACGACUAUCAGGACGACGAAAACCUUGACAACCAAACGUUGGCACGGCAGCUGCCGCCCUCAACAAAGGGCCUGCAAGCUGGAAAUGAGGUCGCAUAUCGUAUCGACGUUUCUGUCAUCACAAUACGAAACAUGUUCAGAAAUCGAUCAGUGAAGAGUCAUCCGAUCGAUAUUUGGCCAAUUGACGUGCGUCUACUUCAUCGCGACCAUGGUCUUGAGCCAACUGCAGCGAUCGUAAAGGCGCGUGCGACCGUGCUAGGGCCAAGCUCCAUGCCGUUACCGUCGUGUGUUCGGACACAGUCUGAUGUACUUGGUCUAGGGCCGGCUGAAAUUCUGAUAACAGCAACCCUCCAGCCAGACUUCCAGCUUGUGAGGGUACCUCGUAUCGAUGAACAAUCGCCAAGCCAUCGCGGAGUCAAAAUGGACCUUUCUAUCACCAAACUCAAUCAACAUCCGCAAAAUUUGUAUCUUCAGUCUUUCCAGAUGCUCCUUGUUGGCUACACUGAUAUUCGUGCUGGUACCGCCACGCAUGGGCAUAUGUCGUUUUGGACACUGCAGUCACUGAGCAACGUCGGCCUGCAGAUCUUCUCAGCAUCGGAUCCAUCGGGCAAGCAAAGCAAAAUCGAUUCAAGGCUGUGGGACAAUGUGGUUCUCGACGAAAGUGUAGUACCAGACUUUGCGACCUGCAAUCUGGAACGAAGAUACGAGCUCGAAAUUCUGAUGGGCUGGCAAUGCCAAAGUGGGGAACAUGCUGGGAGGGUGUUCUUUGUGCAGCUGAGAACCCCGGUGCGCAUUGCCUCCGGAAUAUUGCCCAGCAUUCAGACCGAAAAGAAAGUCCUGUCUGGGUCUGAGCGCUGUUCGCAGAUCGUGCCUGAAUGUAAAGAGGUCGGGGCUCUUGAGCAUGUAGAGUCACCGAGGGUUCGUGCUAGUCUCUACGCGCCGCCGACAUACGAUGAAGCCGUACGCACUACGGCCAAUCGUGGGCGGAGGGGGUCGAGAUGA